AUGACUCCAACGUCGCGUUACCCUCAGCAGAGCAUCGCAUCGACUCCCCCCUCCAACCCCCCAAAGACCUACCAAGCGCGACGAGACAAGGGACGCCCCUACCAUGCCGAUCAAAUUCGACCUUUGCAUGGGGAGAAACCCCUCGAGAAACCCCACGCCCACCUCCUCGCAAAAGAUAGGAUCGAGAUGGCUAUAAGGGGGGAUCAAGGUUGUCCAUGCCAGAGCAAUUUACUCAAGAAGGAUGGGAUAUCUUUACCUGAGUCGAUCAGGGGUAGAUGGAAGAUGGUGACUGCUCGUUCGGUGGCUCAGUGUGAUGCGAAUUGGCUGGGCGACAAUGAUCUUGCUUUAACGGCUGGCUGUUCCGUCUCGUUAAUGCUUUGUUGUGUAUCAGUCACGAGACUCAACGGGAUGAUGAGAUCGGAACAGACAUCCUGUAGCCCAAGCCUAAACCGAGCGACCCUAGAAACAUCGAAUAUAUGA